AUGUCUUACAACCCCUACAACCAGGGGCCGACCGCUGAGUCCGGCUACGGACACGGCCAGUCAGAGCAACAUGAGAUGCAAUCAUACGGACAGCAGUCAUAUGGCUCUCCUCAACAGCAGUACGGGCAGCAGUACGGGCAGCAGUAUGGGCAGGAGUACGGGCAACAGCAGUACGGGCAUCAGGAGCAGCAGCAAUACGGGUCGCCUCACCCUCAGCAAGGGGCCGGCGUGAACGUGCUCUCGCAGACCGAGUUCCUGCAGCGCGUGUCGGCGAUCCGGCAGGACAUCCAGGGCCUGACGGUCAGCAUCCAGAACAUCGCGACGCUGCACCAGCAGACGCUCAACAGCAGCGACAACGCGGCGCGGCAGCAGCUGGACGACCUGGUGGCGGCGACGCAGAUCAAGAACACGUCGAUCCGCAGCCAGAUCCAGCAGCUCAAGGCGGACACAGAGCGCACGACGGACGCCAGCUUCGGGCUGAAGAAGCGGCAGUUUGAGAGCCUCAACGGCGACUUCAAGGACACGAUCCAGCGCUUCCUCGAGGAGGAGCGGCAAUACAAGCAGCGCUACCGCGAGCAGAUCGCGCGGCAGUACCGCAUCGUCAACCCGGACGCGACCGAGGAGGAGGUGCAGCAGGCCGCGGACGCCGACUGGGGCGACGAGGGCAUUUUCCAGACUGCCCUACGCACCAACCGAUCAGGCCAAGCGUCGGCCGUGCUGGGCGCCGUGCGCGCGCGGCACAACGACCUGGUCAAGAUCGAAAAGUCCAUCAUCGAGCUGCUCGACCUGCUCGACAUCCUCAACCAGCAGGUCGUGCAGCAGGGCGCCGUGGUCGAGCAGAUCGCCGACCAGGCCGAGAAGACGACGGGCCACCUCAACAAGGCCAACGUCGAGAUCGAGCAGGGCGUGCGCAGCGCCCGCCGCGCCCGCAAGCUCAAGUGGUGGUGCCUCGGCGUGGUCGUCCUCAUCUGCAUCGUCAUCGCGCUCGGCGUCGGGCUGGGCGUCUCAAUGGCCAACAGAGGGGGCGGCAACAACAACAAUUAG